AUGAAUCCAGUAACUUCUACCAAGUGGUCCAAUUUAGUCAGCCGCAACUGUCCCCUACUGAAAUACUGGCUAAACGAGAAGAGAAUGCAUCCUUAUCAUGUCACAUAUAUGAGCAGAUGUUCUCAAAAUGAGUUUAUCAAGCUUAUCGGUGAUGCAGUCCCAGAUCGAGUUGUCAAGGAAUUGGAAGAAGCACCAGCAUUCUCAGUAAUGGCUGACACGACUCCUGAUGUGAGCAAUAAAGAUCAAAUGUCCAUCGUUGUGAGGUACGUCGCAGAUAACAUACCAGUCGGGAGUGUUUGCUUUCUCUUACGGUGCUUGAAGAUAAAUCUGGCGAUGAACAUGCAACAGAAACUUAAGAUGUACAUGUCUCAACAAGCAUGGCAUCGAUGUGCAAAAGCUCUAUUUCCAGUCAUAUGACUUCACAGCAUGCAUGUCUGGAAAAAGCUCAACGAUAAAAUCGAAAAGUAUUUCCCAGAAAAAGAAAUUCCUUACAUCCCGUGCCAGGCUCAUCGGUUGAACACAUUUGUCGAGCGCAGUUGCAAAGUUACUACCAUCGUGUCAUCAAUCAGAUCAAUGUCUACCGUCCUACAGUUAUUAUACUCGUUCUUCUCAAGGAAAACCAAACGGUCUGAAGCGCUUGCAAAAGCACAAGAGAGCAUCGAAGAUGCAUUAAAGCUGCGAAACCUCUCCAGUGGAUAGCAAGAUCGGAAUCUAUCGACAGCGUUUGGAUUUCUUUUGAAUGCGUAGUUUCUCUGCUUCAGAAAAUCGUAGACAAAGAGCUGAAAUCGGAUCAAAAUAUCCAAGAUCAGGCCAAGGCACUUUUGAAGAAAAUGAAAAAGUAUUAUUUCAUUUUCAGCCUUGGGAUAAUGAGAUUUAUCAUGCGUCACUGCAAGGUGCUCGUCGUUCAGUUUCAGGAAGAAGGUUUAAACUUGCUUGAUGCUCAUAGUUUGUUCUCCACAACAGCUAAAGCUCUGGAAGGAAUUCGUAAUGAAACUGAUGUGGAUAACCAAGUGAAGGCUGCUGCAGCGAUGGCAAGGCAAGUUGGAUGCGAGCCAGAGAAAGAAUUCAGCCAACAUGAUAGGAAAAGAGUGCCCUCAUUAAGACUGGAUGACAGGCGUGGAAACAAAUCGCAGAUUCUAGAGAGAACUAGCUGGAACAGGGUUUUUGCGAAUAUUAAACCAUUAUCAGUCCUACAACCCCCGUGA